GCCACCAACCGGCACUACGAGACUGCGCUCGACGUGGCGGUCGUGUCAGUCUCGGCACAGCUUUGGGCCAGCCUGGUAGAUGCGGCCAAGGGAUGCAGGCCUUGCUUGGAACAGCGCUCGGACGACGGUGGCACCGCUCUCCACUAUGCUGCUUUGGAAGGAAAUGCCAUUGCCUUUGAAAGCUUGCUACAAGCAAGAGCCGAUCCCGGCGCCAUCGACUGUCAGGGCCGAACACCGCUUGAGUUGGCAACGCCGGAGAUCAAAGCCAUGACAGGCGAGAUGGCGGCAAAAUGCGGUGAGAAGAGUGAGAGCUUCCGCGAGGAGGGCAACGUGGAGAAGUUGGUUGCGCUCGGCAACAGUCUACUCGCACAAAAGAAGUACGAUGGUGCCAUCAAGACGUUUGAUCGGGCGCUUGUGGAAGCACAAGUUGUAUCGGACCAGGAGGAGAACGCCGCCACGAAAGAUCAGCACCAACGGCGACGAUACCAGAUGUGCCAAGAGCUGGAUGGUUUGCUGCAAGCCGGUGAAACCAUGGGCGUCAGGGACAGCCUGCACGGCCUGCGUGCACAGAGACUUCCAGACCACCCGCAAAUUUACGAGACUUUUUCGACUCCAGCGAGUCUGCAGAGUUCGGUGGUGGCAGCGUUGCUGGGGCUUUGCCUCGCACACAUGGAGUGCGGAGAGCCGCAGAGCUGCAUGGCGGCAGCCGAUGCAGCGCUCCGGCUUUCCCCGGAGUCCUGGCAGGCCUUCUACGCUCGCGGGACCUGCUUCCUCCGGAGUGGAGACCUUCCACAGGCGGAAGAAGACCUUGCAGAAGCCUGGCGACUCCGGGCGAGGAUGCCAAAGUCCGACAAAGAGGCUCUGUGGGCCCGCAUUGAGACACUCCGGCGGCUGCGGUGGGAGGAGGCGGCAGCAGCACGGCGGAUGCUUGGAACAGGUACGAGGAGCCUGGACACGAUGGACUGA